AUGGAGAAUACAAAUCAUAAUGCCAAUACUCCAUAUGACCUAGCGAAUUUAACUUGCGAAGUUUUUUAUGAAUUCUUGAGACACAUCAAUCCGUCGGAUUAUGAAUCACGCAAUCAGACUAGAGAUGAGUACAUUAAUAAGACGCUACCACCUCAGUGCAAAUCGAGACCAUAUUCCGGGAUCGAAGGUGUCGAGAAAUGGGUGAUAACAAUAAUUUUGUUUGCAUUUCUCAUCUUUGGUCUUUUGGGUAAUCUUCUUACCGCAACGGUCAUGUUUCGACGAUCACGACGCGGACUUUCAUCAUAUUUCUAUUUGGGUUUGUUAGCCAUUAUUGACAUUUGUGUACUCUACUCUGGUUGCUUAUUAUUUAUGCUCGAAAUCACGUUUGAUUACCAGCCGCUACUAAAAACAUUGAUCAAUUGUCGAAUCGGAUUCUACAUUCAACAUUUCUUUACCUACAUGUCAGCUUGGCUUAUCGUUGCCGUUACAUUCGAACGUUUUCUCGUUGUACGUUAUCCAAUUCAAUCCAUUCGAAUGUGCCGCUUACGUGUUGCAUAUACAGUUUCAAUAAUUCUCAUGAUAUUCUUCUCAAUUUACACUUCACAUUGUUUCGUCACGAUAGAACUCGUUCGAAUAAACAUACAAACAAGCAAAGGGUUUCAUCCAAACUAUACUAUUUGUGAUCUGGUGGAAUAUCGAAAUCUCUUAUCGCUUUUGGAUCUAUGCUUAUACAGUAUGAUACCGUCGAUCUUAAUCAUUGUCUUCAACGUUUUAAUCAUUUCUACGAUGUUUUACGCAUUGAAACAGAGACGCAAUUAUUUACAAGCAAGUAGCUGCGUGCAGACGACGGAGACAUGUGCGCGAAAUUUAACACAAAAAACUAAAAGUUCAUCAUCUAUUCGGACGCAAUUCUUUCGUAGUCGAUCAGGAGAGUCAAGUCCGGCUGCUCGUUCAUUCAAUCCUCAAAGUCGUCUGUAUCAUCAUGGAUUAAACAAGAAUAAUCCGGAACAGAAAUCUCAACAGGCGCUCUUCGAUUCGACGAGUGCCACUGGAAUACGCUUGACAUGCUUAUUAUUAAUCAUCUCAUUUACAUUUGUCCUUUGUACAUUACCAAUAUCUAUCAAUGCACUAGUUGCCAAGAUCCUUCCGGAAUAUCGAUCAACAGCCCAUUGGCAAAUCACCCAGUUGAGCUUAACUUUAUUUAUGUAUUUCAAUCAUACGAUUAAUUUCGUUGUUUAUUGUCUAACUGGCCGAGCUUUUCGAAGUGAAUGUCACAAACUUCUUUGUGGCCUAUGGGCACUAAAAAAUGUACAUAUCUCGUGUACAAUGAGCUCCGACUCCGAUAAACAUCAUCAUUAUCACCAACAGAUCGCUCUUACCGAGCGCAAUCGUAUGGCUACAGGUCAACAACAGCAACAACGUAUAAAACGAUCAUAUUUGUAA